CCUUUGAUAAAAUAUCCACUCUGUUCAGUAGGCAAUAUAACGGUAAAUUUAUUAUCAGGCUGUCCUGCUGUCUUGAAGAAUGACAUCAAUGCAAAAUGAUUAUUUGGUCAUCAUGACCAAUAAAAUCUUCUUGGUAGGGGGGGAGACGAUAUUUACGAGGUUGGGGGGAUAUAUAAAGCGUGAUAUCAGGUGGGAAAGAAUCUUCAAGUUCAGCUUCCUCUCCUACAGACACCAAGGAGGAAGAGUCCUUCUCUCGCAGUCAGCAUGUACAAGCUAAUAUUCUGCUGCUUAUUUUUUGCCGGCUUCUUAAGUCCCUUCUUGUCUUUUCCCAUCAUCAAUUCCAGUGAAGUGGCAAAUCGGCUCUCAGCAGAUGAUGAAAAGCUAACCUUGGAAAACCUGGACAGAGUUUCUUUCUUGCAAAUGCUGCCAGAAAUCUUCAAUGCAGAAGCAGAUAAAGAUUCCAGGAAAGCUGAUCUUAGUGCUGACGUUUUUGAUCCAAGAGAAAAUGCCAGAAAGGUUUUCUAUGGAAAAGAUCCCAAAAUUUCACUCCUGAGUCAUCUUCUGGCUGGAAGCAGGAAACAGUUUAAGAAACGUGGGACCCCCUCUGAAUGUUUCUGGAAGUAUUGUGUGUAAAACGAGAUUUAGAGAUUUAGUCUUCCCCUGUUGCUUUAUUAUAUUUAUAACCAUCUUGGAAAAUGUAAAUAAAGUUGUUAAACUUGAAAGUAAUGGCUUAAAAAAACCUAAGCAAAUCACAUUCAUUAUUGUUUAAAAUAAAUCCUCUAUG